AUGUGGAAUGAGAAACUUGUUGAUGUCUUAGUUGAUCUUGGCUUUGAACAAAGUAAAUGUGACCACUCCAUGUUUGUCAAAACGAGUAAAACCGUGUUCAUUGUUUUGCUUGUUUAUGUGGAUGAUAUUGUUUUAACUGGUAACUGUUCCACUGAAAUUUCAAAAAUUAAAUCGCUCCUUAAAUCAAAAUUUUUGAUUAAAGAUUUAGGUCCAUUAAAAUACUUUCUUGGGAUUGAGGUUUUAAAAACUAAAGAUGGUUUAUGCUUAUCUCAAAGGAAAUAUUGUCUUGACCUUCUUGCUGAAUUUGGCCUGACUGGAUGUAAACCUGUUAACAGCCCUAUUGAACCUAAUCAUAUUCUAACACAUUUGUGUGAAAAGGAUAAUACUCCUUUACCUGAUGUCUCUGUUUAUCAAAAAUUAGUGGGAAAAUUAAUAUAUCUCUCUCAUACCAGACCUGACAUUGCUUACUCUGUACAAUAUUUAAGUCAAUAUAUGCACAGUCCCACUAAUGCUCACUUUAAAAUCGCUCUAAGGCUUUUAAGAUAUCUCAAGGGAUCUCCUGGGAAAGGGUUAUUGUUUAAAAGGGGGGAUUCCUUAGAGCUUAAAGCUUUUGCUGACUCUGACUGGGGAAAAUGUGUCAACUCUAGGAAAUCUAUCACAGGUUUCUGUAUCUUCUUAGGUAACUCUCUUAUUUCAUGGAAAAGCAAAAAGCAGUCUACCAUCUCUAGAUCUUCUGCUGAGGCAGAAUAUCGUGCUAUGUGUGCUGCGACAAGUGAAGUCAUGUGGCUACUUAACAUUUUAAAUGAACUUAAAGUUGAUACCAAACUUCCGGUUUCUCUUUCUUGUGAUAAUACAGCUGCUAUUUCAAUAGCUGCCAAUCCUGUUUUUCACGAUCGUACAAAGCACUUUGAAAUUGAUCUUUUUUUCUUAAGGGAAAAAAUUUCAAAAGGUGUCAUCAAAACCAUUGGUGUAACUUCGGAAAAUCAAACAGCAGAUGUGUUCACUAAGGGGCUGCUUGUACAAGCUCACAACAAGGUAUGUGAUAUCCUUGGCCUAUUUGACUGUUUUGCAUAUUGA